AUGCUUCGUUCCGGCCAUACAGCCCAUCCAGAGCCGGGUAUCUCUCUCCCCGCCAAGACGUUUAUCUCUGACCUAAAUAAGCAGGUCCUUAUCUCCCCCACAAUGCCCCCAUUCCCUGUGCUCGUUCCCAUAGAGAACGACAUGGAUUUGGUCGAGCUUAUCCUCGCCCUUGACCGCCCCUGGCCUAGUCCACCGAUGGAGGGGGCCACUUCAGAUGGCUUGGGACGGUUCGAGUACCUCGUACGGAGUACUCCGUCUCUUCUCGCCCAACGCCUGAUGCCUUGGAAUGUCGAGAGGCUGGCUGCCGUUGCGCCGCCCCGUCCCCGCGCCCGCCCGCCAGUGAAAACAAUCCGGCAGCCUGUGAAGUGA